AUGGAACUGUCUACUUCGUUGGAAAUCAAUUUCAGUGAUAAAACUAGCACCGAUCACGUGCUUGUUUCCGAAUCGACGCUUUUCGGGUUUUUCAGCUGCCGUACAUACUCGUCGCGCUCUCACUUUCCCUUCAGCAUCAAAAAAAUCAAGGGGCCCGUUCACAGUUACAAGAGGGACAACAUAGAUCUCCAUGAUAACCUCAGCGUUAAUUUCGUUUUCCCUACCAACGACGAGCGUCCCUUUGUUUUUUUCUUGCAAAAGUCGAACGGGAAGAAAGUCUACUACAAGGUCGUUUCUCUCAUGUUCAUUAGGUGGACUGAGGUCGACGAGCUGAACGGGAUAUCCGAGGAAAUGCAGAGCAAGCUGUUGCUGGACACUUUGAAGAAGAUCUUCAGUCAGUACUUUGAAACCACUUUGAGGGUCAGCGGGUCCAUAAUUAACAACAAGACCUACACUCACUUUGACACGCAGUACGACAUUGUUCCUCAGGUUUUUUACUGCAGCGGCUACGACCGGUACCACUUCUCUCCGCACAAGUCUCACUCCAUUUCCACCGUUUACAUCAACGACAAGCUCAAUAAGAUAAACGGCGACUUGAGGUUCGUCCGAGACUUUUUCGUCUACUACGCCUACUACGACACCUCGACUCCUCUGCUCAUUGAGACCUUUGACUACAAGUUCGGCGACGACAUUCCUCUGUACAACUACUACGCUCGCGAGUCUCUCGGCUCCGACGAGUGGUCCAACGUCGAGUGCGGCAGCAACCUGGUCGACCCCAAGUGCAAGGGCGACAUAAAGAGGAUUCUCGACGUCAUCACUUACCACUACAAGAUGAAACGCAUUAAGCUGGACAUUCACAACCCUCGGGAGCAGAUUAACAACCCUGUCAUCAAGACUUUCGACGACGUUCCCUUUUUUUACGACUGCAAAACUGAGGUUUUUUACGGCUCUUACUGCUACUAUCCCAUCGUCUCCAAGUUUUUCCUUCUGGACUGCAUAACUUUGAACAAGGUUGCUCAGGUCAUCGACGUUCACAGUCUUCAGAUCUCCAUCGUCUACGUUUUCCACACCAACGAGGAGCCUAACGUUCCCGUUCUCGUCUGCGUCGGUCUUUUCAACCAGAUAAACGGCAACACUUCGAACUACUACUGGUAUGCUCCCAAAUCUGCCAAAUCUAACUUUUGGACUAAGAUAGAUUUUUUUGCCAGUCCUUUGAAAGAUCCUGACAUGAUUCGCGAGAAGAUGCGGGAGAUUUGCUAUGGUGGCUUCAAAAUCCGACACUUGUACGGGCCUUUAACAAAGUUCGCUGCUUUCUCUCUCGGCUGCCUGAUCGGUCUCUUCGUUGGCAUAAAGUUUUCCAGGCGCAUCGUUUUAAAUGUUGCUCGGGUCUACCAUCGUCUCAGGGGCUAUCAAAGGGUCGACUAA